GUUGACGCACAGCCAUCAGCUGUUCGUGGAGUUGACAACAUGUUGCACUAAACUGGCAAAAACCCGAUAAGUAACCGGGUUAACGGACAGUCGGUGUCCCUCGGUUUUGGCGGGAGAAUGGAGACGUUCAGUAAGCUAACCAGCAUGCUGCUGCACGCGCUGGAGACGAGAGAGCCCACUGUGGAUCUGUUGGACUCGUUUGUGGAUCACUGGAAAGCUAUAACUAAUUAUUACAUUGAGACGACAGAUGAGCGUCGUCCUGUCAGACAGACAGAGAUCCCCUGGCAUCUCAGACAAAUGUUGGACAUCCUGGUGUACGAGGAGAAACAACAGGGCGUGGAUGAGACGGGAUCAUGUAUGGAGUAUCUGCUGCAGCACAAACUGUUAGAGACUCUGUGCACUCUGGGGAAGGCUCAGUAUCCUCCAGGUAUGGUUCAGCAGGUCUUGCUGUUCUUCUCGAAGUUGUUGUCUCAGAUGCAGAAGCCUGUCCUGCAGCUGGUCAGUGUCUACAGACCUGUUCAGAAGCUGAUUCGUCUCUGUGCACUUCCUGGUUCCCACACUGAGAAGGAGGAAGCUCAGUUUUUAUUGGCCGUCUGCUCCAGAGUCAAACAGGAUCCACACAUGCUCAGAUACGUCUUAGAGUCUCUGGACCAAUCAGCCUCUGAUCCAUCACAGCACUGCACACAAGCCUCCAAUCACACGGAGCCACCGCCGCCCUCCAGCCCGUUAGAUUCAUCUACCUGCAGCCCGGUCCAAUCAGAGCACGACCUGCUGUCAGUUCUGCUGCGGCUCACCAGGAGUCAGACGCCCUCAGUGUGCCUGAAGGCCUACGAGAGCCUCCUCCUGCUGUCGUCUCUCCAGUCCGGAUAUUCAGCAGAGAUUCUGUGCGAUCACACCCAGCUGGGACAGCUGCUGGCUGGGAGGCUGCAGGAGCUUUACACCCUGCUGCCUGUGGAGAGUCUGGAUCCUGGAGAGGUUCAGAGCUGGCCUCGUACACCGUGGAGUUCUCAGUUCUCUCGCCGCAGCUCUGAUCUCAGGUCAGACACUCCUGCUUCUGAUCACAUGACCAACUUCUUCUCCUGGUUCGACUUCCUGGAUCACCUGAUGAGAGAAGCACCUGAGCAGGUGUUAGCGGUGAAGCUAGCUCAGUGUGUUCAUCAGCUGUGGUUGUUAGAUGUUGUUCAGCCUCAGCUGCAGCACACGUGUGAGCAGGCGGUCCUGGUCUCAACCUCCGUCCUCUGUGCUGCCGUCAGACUCGUCCAGUCCUCCUUUCUGCUGGAUCAGCUGGUUCGCUUCCUGCUGAGGACACACGCUCUGAUGCACCUGCUGCUGCAGCACUGCGACCACAUCUCUGACCAGAUCAGCAUGGUGUCGCUGUGUCUGGUGGACGAGUUACUACAGAAGCCUCACAGGGACAUUUUGGACAUCCUGGUGUUGAGUUUCUUGCAGAGUCGCAGUUAUCUGUCUCCGCCUGCUGCAGGACAGGACGACAGACACGCCGAGAGCAACGAGACCAACGAGGACAGCGAUGAUCUGGAGGAGGACCCAUUCUUCUCCGACAGCUUGUUGUCCGACAGUCAGGUGCUCCUUCCUCCUCUCUCCUCGUCCUCCUCUGCUCCUCCUCCUCCCUCUGUGCUGGGGUCAGCAGAUGACGUCGUGAACAGUUUCCUGUGUCUAGUUCCUGUUCAGGUUCGAUCGGCUCAGCUGCUGCAGCAGGGAGGAUACGAGUCGUACGUCCAUGACGCUCACACGCUGGUGACAGAGUGUCAGUCCCUCUCUCUGUCGUGGGAUUGGUCAGUGCUCAGUCUUCCUCCUCUCUCCUCCUCCUCCUCAGGUGAGUUGGAGGAGUUCUUCGAAGGUCACCUGCUGAAAGUUCUGUUUGACCGACUGGAACGCAUCCUGGAGCAGCCGUAUGAGCUGAACCUGCAGCUGACUGCGGUUCUGUCCAGACUGACGGCCUUCAACCACCCACUGCUGCACGAAUACCUGCUCAACCCCUACAUACACCUGUCUCACUGCUCCAGGUCGCUCUUCUCUGUCCUCAUCAGGCUGAUGGCAGAGUUGAUGCAGAGGAUCCAGCAGGUCUCCAAUCUGACAGACAGACUGUUGAACAUUAGGCGACACCUGCUGGGACUGGACCACAGCGCUGGGCUGGAGCACUUGACCCUGCUUAGAGGACUCAUCGUCCUCGAGGAGUUCUGUAAGGAGCUUGCCGCCAUUGCCUUCGUCAAACUGCCCCUGGACCAGCAGUGACCCACCUGGGACAGGUACACAUUGACAGGAAGACCGGGUACUUCUGAUUUCUCCAUCUCCACCCUAAGGACACAGUGACAGGUACACCUGAAUAACGGGACAGGUACAGCUGUGUGACGUGGACCAGGUACGGCUGAUGGUCCACCUGGACUCUCAGAACUUUUAGCCUUUUGAUGUCAGAGAACCUGAGUGAUGCCUGUUUGACCUGCAGCAUCUCAUCGUCUCAGCCUUAACAAACCUCAUCCUGAUUCACAGUGACAUCACAGUGACAUCACAGUGACAUCACAGUGACAUCACAGUUUUAGUUAUUUAUUAUAGUUUUAGAAUCAUGUUUCAGUCUGGAACGAUGACGAGAGCAGAAGCUUUUAUCUGAUGGAGUCUCUGUCGUCUGAAACUGUCACAGUUUGACCUCAGGUGAACUUUGUGAAGAGAUCUUUACAGUCGUCUGAACUUUAAUCACUUUAUUUACUUUAAGUUUUGUUUCACUGUUUAGUCACAAAGACGAAUGAAUGUAACGUCUCUGAGUCUGUAACAACUGGAACAAUCAGACUUUAACGUCUGGAGACGGUUUAUAUGAAACCCCGUCUAUAAAAACUGAAACAUGGUGUUUGGAAACACUGAUUAAAGGUGUUCAGGCUCUCUGCUGCAUCACCUCGUCUUUUCUCAACGCUGUCUGCUGUCCUUCUGAAGCUGUUUGAUUUCUGCCGCUUCAGCUUCUCCUUCGUCGUGUUUACGUUUCACGAAGCGUUUUCAUUGGCUGAUGAGUCAGACCGCAGGCGGGUCAGUUUAGCAGCUGGACUCUGACCGCGGAGCCGUGAUGUCGGACCAGAGCAGAAGGUGGUUUAACAUCGUCUCGCUGAAAAAGACGAGAGAAAGCAGAGAAAACAGAGUACAGACGAAUAUUUUUACAUGAACUCUGGAAAUAUUUUCACUGGAGACAUUUAACUGUCCUUAAAAAAAAAAUUACCAAAAAACAUCUGGAUUUUUUUACAAUGUGAGUCUAUAUUUGAAUGGAGAAUAUUCAUCGACAUCACUGAUAUAUAACCAGUGUGACAUCGACAAAAAGUAUAUUUAUACAGAGAACAUAAAAAACUAUGAAAUGAAUAAACACAACAAACCAAAGACCACCGUACUGUGUCUGACCCAGAGUACACAGUCAUUACUGUGUCUGACCCAGAGUACACAGUCAUUACUGUGUCUGACCCAGAGUACUCAGUCAUGUUCUUACCUGAGUACUCGGUCGUUACUGCGUUCUUACCUGAGUACUCAGUCGUUACUGCGUUCUUACCGGAGUACUCAGUCGUUACUGCAUUCUUACCUGAGUACUCGGUCGUUACUGCAUUCUUACCUGAGUACUCGGUCGUUACUGCAUUCUUACCUGAGUACUCAGUCGUUACUGCAUUCUUGCCUGAGUACUCGGUCGUUACUGCGUUCUUACCUGAGUACUCAGUCGUUACUGCAUUCUUACCUGAGUACUCGGCCGUUACUGCGUUCUUACCUGAGUACUCAGUCGUUACUGCGUUCUUACCUGAGUACUCAGUCGUUACUGCGUUCUUACCUGUGUACUCAGUCGUUACUGCGUUCUUACUCAGGUACUGAGUAUAAAGUGUUAAGCACAUUUGUUAUUAGGAUGUUAAUCAGCAUCCAAUCAGGUUUUUAUGACGUAGUGAGGUCAGUGCCCGGGCAGGUGCCCCCGCGCACCACCAUGUUAUUUUGUUGCUGAGUCGGAGAUGUUGUGUUCCCGCCAACAGAGAAGACACGUCGAGUGUUUCUCUUCGCGAUGCUAGCCGAUAAAGUUAUCCACUGUGCUAAUCCUAAAUAAAACACAAGUGCUGCUGCGCAAAUGACACGAACAUCCCAACAAAAAGCUGCUACAGUGCUGAACAUGGCCUCAUGUUAGUUCCUGCUGCAGUAACACACACACACGCACGCACACACACACGCACACACACAGGCUGUCAAAUCAGUAAAAGACGACUUGAAGUUCGAGAGAAACUUUUCUUCAUCGCUUCACUUCAUCAACACGUUUGAUGUAAAAUAAAAAGCUGACAGAUUUCAGCUGUUUGGAAGCUGAGAGUUUAAAUAAAGUUGUGGGAGUUUGAAGCAAACAGCACGAGCAGGAAGAGAAGAAGAACUGAACUGAUGUUUGUGAGCUGCUGCUGUGGUUUACAGACUGAAAAUGUGUCAGUGAACGUUUCAUCUUCUGAUGGAUUCAUGUUCUCAUGUGAUGUUUGUUUCACAGAUCAGCUCAGAGUCUGUUCAUGCUUCAGUUCUUUCAGUGUCAGUAAGAACUGAGCUAACAGUGUUUUCAAGGUGGAACAAGUUCAUUAAACCUCUCUGUUCAGCGCUG